CGGAUCUUUCUUCGCCUUCUUGGUAGACUGCAUGAGCGUGUUGGGAUCCUCAGCGGCCUUUCGUUUGGUGACUGGGCCGGGCGCGGCAGGGGUCAUCUGAGAUAUCGCUGUGACCAAUAUGGGUCUGAGCACGGCGGUCAUAGAUCUCCUUGGGGGGUGCCGCGCGGCGGGACGUGAAAGACGGCGAGCUCGACGCGCGCGACGACGAAGUUCAGGUUAAGACGCGGGUACGCGAUUUUUCUCACGGUUUAAUCAACAAAGAGCCGUCGCCAUUGUUCUUGCCACCGACGUUCAUGCCAUUGUUCUGCUGCUCGUAAUCACCUCAAGCAGACGUAGGGGAUGGCACGGGCGUCGACAGCAGACCACAAGCACGACGCGAUACCGGUCGUCGAGUUCAUCAAGGUCGACGAGGACGAGACGACCAAACCAGUCGGCGUCAGCGACAAGAACGCUCGCACCUAUGGUUACAAUGACCUGACCCCGUUCGUUCGCCCGGAGCACUACAUCCGGCACAUUGAACCCCUGGAGGCAGACCUCGCGCGGCAGGUCGAAUAUGACAUGGACGAGCAAGACCAAGAAUUUUUGGACGCGGUGAACGCGGAGCGCAAGAAGGAGCAACUCGAUCGCGCCAGCUACGAGCUCUUCGAGAUCAUCAUUGACCGCCUGGAGAAGGAGUGGUUUGACCUGACCAAGAAUAUCCCCAAGCCGGACUUUGCACUCCCCUCUGAAGACUCAACAUGCGCGAUCUGCGACGACAGUGAAGGAGAGAACACAAACGCCAUCGUCUUCUGCGAUGGAUGCAACCUUGCAGUCCACCAAGAAUGCUACGGCGUCCCCUAUAUCCCUGAAGGCCAGUGGCUUUGUCGAAAGUGUACUGUCAGCCCGGAGAACCCAGUGUCCUGCGUGCUCUGCCCUAAUGAGGGUGGCGCGUUUAAACAGACCGUCAACGGGGAUUGGAUUCACUUGCUCUGCGCCAUGUGGAUCCCCGAGACCCAAGUCGUCAAUGAGACAGUCAUGGAGCCCAUAGCAAACCUCGACCGCGUUAACAAAGCCCGGUAUAGGCUGAAAUGCAGUAUUUGCAAGAGGCAAGACUCAGGCGCGUGUAUACAGUGCAACAAGCCCAGUUGCGUGGUCGCUUUCCAUGUAACAUGCGCCCGGAAGGAAAAACUUAUGAUGCCGAUGAAGGGGCCCCAAGGGACGCCUGCUCCGCCCUUGGUCGCUUACUGUGAACGGCAUCUUCCUCCAGACCAGGCCGCUGCUCGAGAGGCUUCGCUCGAAGCGGAGGCCGAAGAGGAAGAGGAAGAGGAGGGUGGCGUCGCUCACACGAAAUCCAAAUCUGCCCGCGCGUACGCGAAGACGUACAGGCCACCUAUUCCUCUUGUUCCUGCCAUCGUCGUCGACCGUGUCCUUGCCUACACUGGGAAGAUCCAACUCCGCAAGAAGCCUGAGUUUGUGAGCUUGAUAUGCAGGUACUGGUCGCUCAAGCGCGAGGCACGUCGUGGCGCCCCUCUGCUCAAGCGGCUCCACCUCGAGCCUUGGACUGCAAGCAAUGCCGGGCAAGCCCAGACCGAGGAGGAGCGUGUCGCCAAGCUCGAGCAGCUCACUGCGCUCAAGGGCGAUCUGGAGAAGGUUCGCGAGCUGGCAGCUCUCACAUGCAAGCGCGAGGCGCGCAAGUUGCACCAGGCGUCUGCCCUUCGAGAGCUUCUUGCUGCGGCUUUGUUUUACAACGAGGGUCCGCUACGCGUCGCUUUCGAGAAGGUUACGAGGCAAGCCAAAAGAUAUUGUCUGCAAGAAUACAACGAAACUGAUCCAUCUUCCAGUCACGAUAAGCAGAACUACUUCCGCUUCCCGGUAACCAAGCAGGAGGCGCCCGACUACUUUGACGUCGUAGCAAGGCCCAUGAGCUGGAGUGUCAUUGAGGAGAAACUCAACAAGCACGAGUACUGGGAUGUGGGGUCUUUCAAGGCACGUCUGAUCUUGUUGCACGCUACCACGCAGCUUACGGUUGCCCAGGAGGAUGUCAAUCUCGUCUUGAGCAAUGCGCUGCUGUACAACAAGUCCGCGACACCGUUUUACAAGGCUGCACACCGAAUCAAGGCGCAUAUGGAGAACAUAUGGCAAGAGAUGGAUGCUGCUCUCGGCAAGGAGAUGAAGGCCGCGUCCGAAACCCCUACUGAGGUCGAUCAAGUGCAGCUACCCGCAGCUGAGGACGUCAAGCAGGACCUGAAGCUGCCCCCAACUCAGAACGUCGGCGACCUGGAGCCAGCUUUGUGGGCGCUCUCCCUCCUUGCAUCUCGCGACGUCAUACAGCCCACUUGCGAGUAUGUCAUUGACGAGGAUCCGCUCUCCUCACUACUAGCGUACGAAGCUGGCAAGCUCGUGCCUCCGCCACCUCCACCGCCUCGCGAACCGACGCCGCCGCCUAGCUCACCGCCUCGUCGGCCGUCACCUCCAUCCCGUGCGCCGUCGAAGAAGAGCAAGAAAGCCGCAAAGGCCGAAACCGAGCGCGACAACAGACGCAGGCGGCAGCGCGCAGAGGAACACGAGGCGAGGGAGAGGCAGCUCACCGAAGAAGCUGAGAAACAGGCGCAGUUCGAAGAGGAGAUGGCGCGGGAGGCGCGCGAGCGGCGAAGUCGCAGUUCUACGAGUACGCCUCGCAUACCUCCGUUCGUUCCGGUUGGACAGCGCGAGGCAGAGGCGUACAGGGCACCUGUUACUGCUGUGUAUGCAGAUGUGGCGCCGCGGACAAGACGAGCGUCGGCUCAGGAGGCGACCUUCAUGAGCGAGGCGAUGGCUACGCAGACUCCUGGCGCCGGACCCAGUACGACGGAGGUACAGGAGAAACCUGCUUCCAAAGAGCGUCCGAGAAAACGACGCCGGACGACGACGCCGGUGCAGGAGGUGGAGCGCUUCGAAUGGCCGGUACUGCCUGCAGUCAAAGAGGACAUCGACAAGAAGGACACGUUCAAGUACUUCAAUGCUGGGUGGAUGUUACCUCCUGGUACGAAGCGUGGCAACCGUGGCUCAUUGGAUCGCCCUCCGCCGCCACCUCCACCCCCCAAGAAGCGUAGACCCAGUCAUUUGAAGUCCGGCCUGUCGAUCUCCAGUACGGCCGCUUCGGACAAUCAGACCCUGCCUACUCCAAGUCGCUCGCGAGCGAAGAAGAGAGGACGUCAGUCGCGCGCAACCGGCUCUCGAUCCCGCCGAGGCCGUCGAGCACCCCAGGAGGAGGCAAUGGAUGUGGAGGAUGAAGAGGAACCCGAUAACACUGCCGCUGACCAAAUGGACAACGAGGUACCCCCAUCUGAGGAAGAUGAUCCACGCACAGAGGAACCUUUGUCAUUUGCCGGCGAGCGGAUGCAAGAGGAUGAGAACGACGAGGACGAAGAAGAACGUGAAGCGCGAGAGCAGCUUGCUCCAUCCUCGGAUCCAGCCACCAACCAAGAACAGUCAGAGCCCGAGGAGGAGGGAACGGACCUACAACAAGCAUAUCAAUUCGCUGAACUUUCGUCAUCUCCCCAGCGCUCGCCACGGCGGUCACAACGAGCGCGGAAUGCGCCGGUUCCGUCUGCGGGACCUACAUCGCCGUUACAAGGCUUGCCACCUGUCCCACCUCCAACAGACGUGGUGCCUCAAGCACCGACUCCCCCGAAGUGGCCGUCGCCUGCGCCGUAUGCGAGAGGAUCCACGUCAAAGUGGGACGCUUCCCAAGAUCCUGGCUGGGCUGCAACUGCAGGGGCGUACACAGGACGGUCUCACUCUCGACCUGCUGCUCCCGAGCCCGAGCAGUCGCAGCACUCGUAUGCUUCCCCUCAACGCGAGCAACCAUAUGCCGCCCGCCGUGGACGCUCUCAGCAUGUCAACUACCAUGACGAACGCGCUGGGUGGCAUGCUACAUCGGCGUCUUAUGCCUCCCGUGGUCCACAGACAUACGGCCCGUACGCUCAGCAGGCCUCAACCCAGCCUGGCGCAGAAUCGUCCUAUUGGACCGCAGCUCGGGGCGAAUAUACUUCCUACCCUUCAUCUGCGCCCGCGGACUACGCUGCUUCACGUCCUUCGGCAGAGCAGUAUACUAGCACGAGCACCGAUUAUCCAUCAUAUCCCUCGCAGUACCAAGGAUAUCAGGCUCACGAGCCGAGUGCAUACGAGGGGUCUUGGCCAUCGUCGCCGCAGGAGCGUCCGUCUCAAAGGCCUUUUUCGCAUCCUUCGGUGCCGACUCGGAAUUUGGAAAGGCUUGUGGCCGCUGCAACAUCACAGUCUGCUCCUCCCGGCGAGGAUUCAUUCGGUGGCGCACUCGAGCUGCUGGCUGCACUCGCGCCGUCUCCACAAGCACCUUUCAGCGCGCCUUCGCCGCAGUCAUUCGCAGCUCCCUCCCCACAGGCCACACAGGAGUUACCUCCUUUCACCAGGUCGAGUCAGACGUGGCGGUCACAGUCCGUCAGUCAGUCAACGAGCCCACAGCAACUCGAGCCCUCGGAAGACUAUUGGUCACCACAACCGAUUCAGGUUCCCAGGGUUCCGUAUAGCGUCUCGCGCGCUCAGUGGGACUCGGUCGAGCCGACUCCUAUUUCGUCGUCUGCUGCCACAUCGCCGGGUGCGCACUGGGGUCAACCGAGCUCUUAUGCCCCAUCAAGUGGACCGGAACAGUGGGUCCCGCCCGAACAGGCGCAGACUGAGGCACAGUGUGGCGAACACACUUUUCCAGCAGGGCAAUACCCUGAGCCUGCUUUGGCGGGGCCUCAGUAUGCUCCUACUACGCCGUCAGCGACGCAGCACACGCACCCUGCUCCUUCGGCCUCCCAAUUCCCUCACUCUCCUAUCACAAGCUCUCAGAUCUCUAUCUCGCCGGACUUUGAUCUCGACCAACUCAGGACAGCCCAAACCCAAGUCAAUCGCUCUGUAUCGCAAGACCUUCAGUACGCUCAGCAUCCAUCCAUUGAGUCGCAAUACGCGCAAGGCAUGACAGGGGAUAUGCAAUACAGUGGGCCGCCGUCAUAUGUCCCCCAGUACGGCCCACCAAACGUUGAGGAGUGGCAGGCGCGCGCUGCCUCGAACAUGCCCUCGACAGGGCCUGUCUCGUCGAUUCCCUCUGACAUGAUUGACCCGUAUGCCCCGCCUGCAACGACAGAACAACCAUCCGCGAUCACGUCUUCGGAGUCUUCAGCCCAGAAUGUCGUGCACUCCUUGCAUGUCGAUCCCGAGGCGGAACAACCCACUUCGGGAGCGAACUCGCAUGCAGCUCCUGCUCAGGCAUCCCAGCCCACCGCUACCAUCCAAGAAGUCUCCGAGGAAACCUCUCAAGUCCUCGAACCAGCACAAUCUCAGACCGCUACGUCUGCGCCGAUUGCUUCGCAGACGGAUGCGGAAGAUGCAAGCUCAGACGUGGCUCAAACACUCGCUGGACAUGUCGGCGCUUCUGCACCUGCUACAGCUCAUGAUGAAUCUGCGAUAGGCGCCCUGCUUGGUCUAUCUGAAGAUCCAUCCUUGCGUCUGAAUAGACACCACAGAGAGGUGGAGAAGUACAAUGAAGAGCAUCCGCAAUUGCCUGUCCCCGUGCCGGGCUUUGACGACCACGUACGAGGUCGGCCAGUCGCUACGGGCACCGACAAGCCGCACAGUCGGCCCUCGACACCUGUGCACGAAGAGGCAGAUGCGGCUACAGGUACAAACGACCAUCCAGCGAAGCCAGUCGCUCACGAAGCUGAAGCUGAUACCGCCGAUAUCGAAGAACACGCCGAGCAAGCAGAGGCGGAUGCGGAUGCGGAUGCGGACGUGGACGCCGAGCCAGACGUCGAUGCGGCAGCGAAGCAAGAGGGCUCUGAAGCUGACGCGCCGCACGAAGAGGAGGCGAUCAAUGAGGCCCAAGAGUCCGACACCCCUGCCGAACCCGCCUCAGCACCUAGGAAGAGUCGAUUGAGCAGAGCGGACCUGGCGCUGGCUCUCGCGCACUCGCAGGAAGACUUCUCCUCGCAAUCGCGCUCCCCGGAACCUCGUAGCUUGUCUCAGCGUCGCAAGUCCACUGCAGCCCGAAGGCAGUCUGUAGCAUCGCCCGCCCCUCAGCACAUCAACGAACGCGCUGCCAUCAAGGCCAUCUCGUCAUCGUCCGGGGCGGUGAAGGAAGCCGAUUUCCAGGCGCCUGGGACACGCGUUGCGGCCGAGGGCGCCUACGAUCCCCUCCUCCCGUCUCGCGUGCGCGUCGAGGAGGACGGAGUGCCGGUGCUUGAGGAGCUCGACACGCCGGCGACGCGGCGCGCACGAGCGCUGCGCCGUGCCGCCGAACGAAAGCAGCAGCUCCUCGCGGAGGCGCGGAAGAGCGAGAGUGGACAGGUCGAAGAGGAGAAAGACGAAGCUGGUCCUUCGACGCUGCCAGCGACGUCCGCCUCCGCACCUGUACCCGCUCGCCGUAAACGCGGCCGCGGUCGUCCUCGCACCUCGUUCUCUGCGCAUCGGAGGAGACGGGCAAAGGGCAAGGGAAGGGCGUCUGCGUCUGUCGCUGACGCUGACGACGAUGCCAAGUCCGAGGACGAUGCCCAACCUAAGGACGAUGCUAAGCCUGAAGAUAAUGCAACGCCCGAAGACGAUGCAGAGCCUGAAGCUGACGCUAAGCCUGAAGCCGACGACUCAGCCCUCAGUUCACUCAGUAGCGACGACGAGCAGGCUGCAACGGAGGGCGCUGGUGGCGCGACGACAAGCGAAGUUCAGGACGAAGAUGCCGAAGGCGAGCCAGAUGAGGAGCAGGAUGGUGACGCCGAAGGCAGCGAGAAGCCACAUGUCGGUCGGAUUCGGCGCAAGCCCUUGCAUCCGAAAGCCGGUCAGAACUUGCUGAACGACAAAGGGUACAUCGACUGUGGAACUUUGGUUUGGGCAAAGAUCAACGCUUUUCCGUGGUGGCCCGGCGUCGUCUACGAAAACGACCAGGUGGACCAGAUACCGCGUCCCGUCAUCACGAAGUACAAGCGCAGGUCAAAAAUGUAUCCGCACAACAAGUACUUCAUCGUCCAGUUCUUCGACGAGAAGCGCUCAUGGCAAGUCGUCCAGCUGAAGGGCCUUGUCACCCUUGGGGACGACCUCGCUUUGGAUCGAGAGAUGUUGGAAGAUCAGGAAUUUAGAGUGCGGAAAUUGCGCACCGAGUUGGACACUGCGUAUAGAGAGGCCAUGGACCAAAUGGAGAGCGAUCUUGAAGAAGAGGGUAUCGAAGCAUGAUUCACCUAUGGACGGUACUUCUUGACCUAUGCUUUGUAUGCACUCUACGUUGCGUCGUUGUUUCCGAAUAUGUGACCGCUGUAUAUGUACUGCUUUAUUGGCGCCAGAUGCGCAAUCCACCGCUUGUUGACGAGGCUCGAA